AUGGAAUAUCCAUAGAACUUAUUGACACAAGGAAUUAAAUUCUCAAUCAUUGGAGAUAAUGUUGUGCAAGUCGUUCUACUCCCUGGGGAAUAGAUUAACACUUAAAACAGCUACGUGCAAUACUAUUCAGACAAUAUAUCAAUAUAAACUAAAAAAUCAUAUUUCAUUACAGAAAAUCAAGUGACAGUUCUAAAUACUAGCAAGGAUAAUAUAGCUUAUGUGGGGAUAAGUGCUGCUAAUGGGAAGGUGAUGAUUUUAGAUGCUGCUAUCUUUAAUAAUUAUCUAAUCAAAGAAUCAUCAAUUAUAGCAGCUAAUGACUUUACCGAAGUUGGGCAAUUCUUUCAUUUCUAAUCCACUUAUUAAAAGAUUGUCUUUACAAAAGAUCUGACGAAAUAGCAAUUAAUCUUUAUAAAAACUAAUGGCACAGUCAUUGAUAAAGAUCUUGGAGAUGGAGAAUCCAUUAUUGUGCCAAACAAUUCAAUUUUGGGUAUACAGGACUUUGUUCGAUAUGAAGUGAAUUUAAAAGACACCACUAAAAUUAAGCUGAUUGGGCCUGGUAGAAUUCUAUUUGAGAUAAAUAAUUAAACUUUGGAAAAUAAUCUUGGUUUGGUAGGAAGGAAAUAUUUAGCAAAAUUCUUUAUGAUUAUGUCUAUGGUUUUCUUUUUAAUUUUUGUAGAAUUAAUUUUCGAUAUUUGAGUAUGAAUUGUAUUUUAGAUUAUUAAACAACAUAAAUCAAAUAUUUCUAUA